AUGGAGCCGGCCGUCACUUCACAGGGAUCCACUAAUAAUGGAUUCCGCGUGGAAAAAGGACGGCGGAAUGCGAACGAGUACCUAAACAUUGACCCGUCGUCCGCGUUUAUUUCCGGGUCCUCCGGGAUUGAUGACGGAUUCCCGGACAACUUUCUCGAGACGAUCAGCCCCCAGCAGGUGAUUCCUAGCUUCUUGCAGGCAACGGCACCGCUUCCGGCGAUGCUCCACGGCGACACAGCGACUUCAAGCCCUCAACUGGCGCCACUCGCUCCGAUGACGAUCGGUACCGAUCAAAGCUUUCGCGACGGCCCAGCCGGUCUGCUCUCCCCGCUACAUAUGGAUGGGCGGCGACACUCUGUCGGCGCCAAUGAGUAUUCUCGCGGCGUCUACAUCAAGGAGGAGGCCGACAUCGAGCCCUCGCACCAUUUAAUGCUCCCCUCGAACCAGGUGAUUGGCCACAACCAAGCCGACCUCGACCGCGCUAACGCCGCGACCCCGCCGGCGCUCAGCACCGCCGAAUUGGCAUCGAACAUGAUUUCGAGCAUUAUUGGCGAUCCGCAUCUACAAGGCGGCGACUCCCCCGUCCACCACUACACGUCGGUGCCGAGCGGGUCGAUGGUGCUGUCCCGGUUGACGGCGAUGAAGACGGUGAAUCCUUUUCCGUUGAAUGUCGUUGACGCCCACCACGACGACGACGGCCUCGAGGGUCCCCACACGAACGGCGAUCACGUGAUCAACGGCGAGUCGACCGUCUACAAACCCGCCUACAACAAGGGCAAACGAACCUACUCAACAAAGGACGCCAACGACCCGUUGAACGCCGAGAUUGACGAUGACAUCUAUAUUGACACCAAGGAGCUGUGUAAACGAAUCGCCUACGAGCUGAAGCAGCACUCGAUCCCCCAAGCCAUCUUUGCCGAGCGGAUACUUUGCAGAAGUCAGGGCACGUUGUCGGAUUUGUUGCGGAAUCCCAAGCCGUGGAACAAGCUGAAAAGCGGGCGCGAAACGUUUCGCAGGAUGUUCAACUGGGUGCGGCAAGGGCUCGAGGAUCGGCUGGCCAUUUUGGAUAUGGUGAAAGAUGGUGAGAACGGUGCCGCGAAAAUGGGCAUGUCCCCGCCGACACCCGCCCAAAACGUCCGGCAUCACACGAGGGCACGGAAUUCGGGCCUAGGCGACGGCGAACCGUCAAACAAACGCCCCCGGCUCGUCUUCACCGACAUCCAGAAGCGCACGUUGCAGGCCAUCUUCAGGGAGACGCAACGGCCCUCGCGCGAAAUGCAACAAACCAUCGCCGAGCAUCUGCGAUUGGACCUGUCCACCGUGGCCAACUUUUUCAUGAAUGCGCGGCGGAGGAGUCGGAUUGGGCCCGGCAAUGACGAGCCGGCGCCAUAUCAACAGGUGCGACCGAUCACACCGCCACCAGACAGCCCUCCUCGCGUCCCCCCAGCAGCCACGAUCCCAAAUCGGAAUCGCAACUCGAGGCCCAGCGCCUCCAGUGCGGCGUUGAUCGAGCAGACGGUUAACGGUGUGGCCGAUGGCACGUAUCCGUGCUCGUCGAGGAAAUUGGACGAAGAGCUGGCGGCUUCUUCACUUCAGCAUAUGCACCAAAUGGGAGCCGUCGGCUAUAAGAGUUCCGAAAAGUCCAGCGAGCAACUGAACGGCGGCCCGUCUUCCGAGGAGGGACGCGUGAUCGUGGAUGGAGAAGUAGAUGGAUCGGGCGUCGGCCAACGGCUCUUCCUCAUCAACCGUUAUCAAGCCGACGCUGAAGAACCGGGCGCACAACCCGAUCACGACGUCCAGCCGCCGCUUGUCACGUAUACGGUGCCAGACACGCCUGGCGAUGACUCGACUGCGACUCCUGCCUCGGCACCAGCACCCCCAUCCGCACCGCCCGUCACCCCGGAACGAACAGCAACCAGCGUAGCUGAUGUCAAGACGGAAGCAGAAUCUGCAAAAUCGGGCGACGAC